AUGAAACUAAAGAGCAGAAAUGAAGAAGACAACAACAACACAGAAAAAACCAAAGAAGUCGAUACAGCAACAGAAAUGCCAGAGCAGCCAAAAACAAGGGGUACUAAAGCUGGUGCUAAGCGCAAGGCUCAAAAACAAGACUUCCCAAAGCACCCAAAAACAAAAAAAUCAAAAACAACUCCAGAAAAGUCAUUGAUUACUGACCUUGAAUACCUGCAAACAAGGAUGUCACCAAAGCACUUUAGGGAACUCUUAUCUUCACUAAACUCUGCACAGCAACAGGCAGUUCAGGACAUCGGUUUUGGAUCAAUGCUAACAAUGACCGUUUUUGAUUGGGACAGUAGGUUAACAAGAUACCUAGUCCAGAAGUUUGAUCCCUAUAAAUGCUCAUUAGAUUUACAGGGUGAUCAAAUGAGGAUUUCUGCUGAUGAUGUCUAUAGCACACUGGAGCUCCCAAAUGGACAAGACCCUGUCAUAGAAGCUACUUCAGAAACUGAACCAGCAGAGUAUGUUAAUCUUCUGACUGAAUGGAGGCACAUAUGGGAAAUAACAAAUGGUUCACCACUCAUAGGACGCAUGCCAGCGAAGAUGAUUGAAAGAGGAGACAGUGGAGAUUGGUUCAAGCGGGAUUUUGUUAUCCUGUUGGUGUCCAGCAUACUCAAAGGGAACCAGAGCAGGAAUGCAGCGUACAAGGUCCUGUACUCGCUGGCUGAUGUUUCAAAAAUUAAAGACUUGAACUGGUGCGAGUACACUUUCAAGUCUUUGAUUGACUCUGUUGAAUCUUGGAAAAAGAAGCCGAAUGCAUUUUUCUGUGGCCCUGCACUGUUUCUGAUGUUGACAUACCUUGACCGUUUGGAAUUCAAUGGGAAAAAGAUACAAAGGAUAACUCCUGCAAUAACAUCGUGGACUGAAGAGAAAGUAAACGAAAGGAUAAAGUCAGAGGUAUUAUUUGGACAAUUUGGAAGGGGAAAGGUCACUUUUGUCUUGAGGAAGAUGGCUGACACAGUGGUUGAAUUUGCUGAGGUAAUGGCUGAGAUUGGCAACACCAGGACUGGAGGUGGAAUAAUCAAGAGAACAUUUGAAAAUAUUGCUGAAAUGAUCAACGACAAGGAAAAAUUACCCAGCUCAGCCAACACAGCCUACAACUUCACAAUCACAACAACACAUUCAAACACCAUCUUUUGA